CGAACACUUCUUCGUCUCGUUCUCUGACGGGCUGGACCCGGACCCCGCUACGGGCCCGGUAGCGGACCGGCACCUGCCGGUGGCGGCUCUGGUGGGUCUGCCAGGUCGUUCGGCGGACCCUGCGGUCGCCAUCUUCCCUGUUUUCGUGUCGGCAGGUGGCAGAAGAGUUCGCAAAUAAACAGAACAGACCAAUAAUAUGACCAUCGAAGAAGAAAUGAAAAAAACAAUGGCGGCGUACAGUGAGCUGAGCAGUUAGAGGAUCUCUGAAGUUUGAAGUCUCCUGGUCUCCUGGUCUCCUGGUCUCCUGGUCCAGGAUGCAGGGCAGCAGGCCAGUGGUGGAGGUGGUCCGUCUGGGCCUGGUCUCCUACCAGGAAGCUCUGCAGCUGCAGCAGAUCUAUGUGAAGCGGCACCGCUCAGCUCUGGCUCACACUCUGCUGCUCUGCCAGCACCCGCCCGUCUACACCACGGGGAUCAGACACAAACCUUACCCCGCCCCCCUGCUGGACCGCCUCCGCCUGCUGGGUGCCGAUGUCCACCGCACCAACCGAGGAGGACUCAUCACCUUCCACGGUCCGGGUCAGCUGGUCUGCUACCCAGUCCUGAACCUGUGCAGCUUUAAGAAGAGUGUUCGCUGGUACGUCUGUGAGCUGGAGAGGACCAUCAUCUCUGUCUGCAGCAGGUUCGGGAUCCAAGCGUCCACGUCUCCUCAUACUGGAGUCUGGGUCGGAGACAACAAGAUCUGUGCCAUGGGAAUCCACUGUGGUCGAUACGUCACGUCCCACGGCUUUGCUCUGAACUGUAACACGGACAUGUCGUGGUUCAGCCACAUCGUGCCGUGCGGUAUCGAGGGUAAAGGAGUGACGUCACUGAGCGCUGAGCUGCAGAGAGACGUCAGCGUGGAGGAGGCCAUCCCUCACCUGCUGGACGCCUUCACAGAACACUUCAACUGUCAGCUGAGGGACGGACCUGAACCGGGCUGAGACAGCACAGGAUCAUCAGCGUAGAAAAUGACCUCAUUAUCAGAAAAUAUGAAUGAAUCACACGUUUGAUUUGUUUUCUGAAAAUCCCUUAAAACUCUUUAAAAUCUCCUUUUUUACCUUCAAAGUUAAAGUGGCAGCUUGAAUUCACUUUUCAUUAAGCUUCAGUGUUGGCCUUGCUGUUGUUGGAAAAUGUUUAUCAGAAUAAAAAGGUUAAAGGUCAGGCAGUGUGAAACAACAAGCUCAACGAAUAGCUGGAAUUCUUUCUGCUGCUGAAACAACAAAACCUUGUUUUGUUUUUACCGCUGAUUAAUAAAAAUGUAUUUCUGGUUUCUUCAUAGAA